AUGGGCUACGAGGGCAAGAACAUGUACAUGGCUGCAUAUGAUUGGAGGCUAUCUUUUCAGAAUACAGAGGUCCAGGACCAAAAUCUUAGCAGAUUAAAGAGUAAUAUCGAGCUUCUGUAUGUAACUAAUGGGAAUAAAAAAGUGGUGGUGGUGGUGCCUCAUUCCAUGGGCUUUAUCUAUUUUCUCCAUUUCCUUAAAUGGGUUGAAGCGCCUCCACCUAUGGGAGGAGGUGGCGGCCCAGGCUGGUGUGACAAGCACAUAAAAUCAAUCAUAAUUAUCGGUCCGGCAUUUCUUGGUGUUCCGAAAGCUGUCAGUAACAUCUUGCCGGCCGAGAGCAAAGAUGUUGCUUUUACCAGAGCAAUGGCUCCCGGUCUCCUAGAUUCCGAAAUUCUUGGCCUUCAAACUCUACAUCAUGUCAUGUGUGUAUCUCGAACGUGGGAUUCUGUCAUUUCUUUGAUACCUAAAGGAGGAGAGACGAUAUGGGGUAACUUGGAUUGGUCUCCGGAAGACCAUCAUACAAAAGUGACCGGUAUAGGCACACAAGAAUCAGAAUCUGGAAAUACAAGGGAACAGAAUACACAAUUCAUGUGA